AUGAUCAGUCUCCGAAAACCAACCAUUUUACUUGCUUCCGUGGUCUGCACUCUUGUGGUCUUUGGAAUCGUAAGCUCUCGAAAUGAGAAUUUAAAAGCAGAGAUACAAGAGGAGGCAAACCAUUUGCUUUAUCAAUGGGAAACUCUCGAAAAGACUUCCAAGUUUGUUCACAAGCAAAAUGAUACAAGUGACGUUGCACUUGAACCGUGUACUGUGGUAAAUCCCCUGACCAAUCAAUUUUUUGAUCUUCGACCUUUGGGUGCGUUGGGAAACGAUGGGCUCGUACAAGCAUGGAACGCACGCGGCUACGAUUAUGGUCGAAACUUUUCCAUAGGGAUUUGUUCGACCCCAUUAAAACAGCCUCAAAGUCUUCCAGAGUCAGAUUUCGAAGGUGUCACAAAUAAAAGUGAGGUUGGUGGCUAUUAUACUGAUACAACAGGUCACAAAAAAUCCAUAGGACAGAUAUCAACGACUCCAAAAUUUAGAGGACGGAAGCUCGUUCUUGAAUACACAGACGGUAGUGUUUGUGAAGGCUCCAAAAGUGACGGCUCGCUCAAAAAGUCAACCAUUUUAUCGUUUGUUUGUGAUCGGGAGAUUAUGACUAAAGCAUCGAUCUCUUACGUAGGUUCCCUACAUGACUGUUCAUACUUUUUUGAGGUGAGAACUAUUCAUGGGUGUCCAACAGCCGCAAAGAAAGACGACAAGGCAAUAAUCUGGAUUUUCCUUUUCAUUUGCUUGUGUGCAGUUGCGGUGUUUUUCGGGGGAGGUUUCGUUUAUUCGCUUUUCAAAUAUAACCAGGGCCGUCAAUCAGUUUCUCACUGGAAACGCAAUUCCUUCACAGCUGGAGUGAAAAGCCUUGCUCAGGUAAGUCAACGUGAAGAGAUUUACAAAUAA